AAUCAUACUUGAGUGUUUAGCGGCUCAGCGGGGAGCUGCCUGUCAUUGAACGGUGGGGCUGCUUGCUUGCUGGGGUCUUUUUUUUCUCCUCCCUCCUGUUGGUCCUGGAUGCCGCUAUGGAUAUUUGUAGCUCCAAGAAGAGGGAGUGAACCAGUAUUUAUUACAGGAUGGUCUUAAGAAAAAGACUAAAAUGGUGCCUUUGUAGUAGGAGUAUUAAAGCUGCCGGUGCCUUGUAGCUGUAGAGAAAGUUAGCUUAUGAGUAGCAUAUAACGUUAGCUAGCUGGCUAAUGCUAGGCCUUCCGUUUUCUUUGCUUUGUCAGGACAGUUUAUUGUUUUAUUCCUCCCUUUGUAACGCAGCCAAAGGCAGCCAAAUCUUUUGUUUGCUGGCGUUUGCAGAUUUUUUUCUUCCUCCUUUUUCCUAUCUCUUCUUGGUAAAUAAGACACUGAAAUGAAGAGAGUGAACAGCUUACAGAGGUUCAUGAACAGACGGGCCUCUGCUAACUGCCGCUACCAGCCCACCUGCUAUGAGCAUGCUGCAAACUGCUACACUCAUGCAUUCCUCAUUGUGCCAGCCUUCGUGGGCAUGGCGUUGCUGCACCGUCUGUCCGACAACCGCUGGGAGAGGAUCACCGCCUGGGUGUACGGCAUGGGCCUGUGCGCCCUCUUCCUGGUCUCCACCGUGUUUCAUAUCAUCACCUGGAAGAAGAGCCACAUGAGGUCAAUGGAACAUUGCUUCCACAUGUGUGACAGAGUCGUCAUCUAUUUCUUCAUCGCUGCCUCGUACACACCCUGGUUGAACCUGCGUGAACUAGGCCCUCUAGCAGCACACAUGCGCUGGUUUGUGUGGUUGAUGGCUGCUGCUGGAACCAUUUAUGUCUUCAACUAUCAUGAAAAAUAUAAACUUGUUGAGCUGGCCUUCUAUUUGACGAUGGGUUUUUUCCCCGCAUCAGUGGUGACGUCAAUGAGCAACACGGAGGGGCUUCACGAGCUGGCCUGCGGAGGACUCAUCUACUGCCUUGGCGUGUUCUUCUUCAAGAGUGACGGCGUCAUCCCCUUCGCCCACGCCAUCUGGCACGUGUUCGUGGCGCUGGCUGCGGCCGUGCACUACUACGCCAUCUGGAAAUACCUCUACAAGGCUCCCAGCGCCGAAACCCUCCUCGACUCGUGACCAUGGCGGGGGGCUGGAUGCCGGUGCUCCCCCUCUCACCCCCCCCCCCCCCAUCCCCCUCUAAGCAACUGUGCUCCUGAGCAGAGGCGCCCGCACACUCAACUCCCUCAACUGCCCGCUAAAGCUGCAGCGACAGCCGAAAAGUUUACGAAAAUUUCUGACCAUGAAUUGUUUACUGUUUUCUAACGUGGAGGAGAACAGUUUUUUUUUUUCUCAGCGUCUCCCAACGAACAAAAACUACUUUCAGAGUUGUUUUGUACGACUUCAAUAUUUCAAAAAAUAAAAAAAUAAAAAAACGACAGGGAGGGAGGGAGGGAGGGAGGGAAUUUUGACUUUUUACACUUCGUACUAACCUCGGCACAUCGAUGAGUAUUUGAGAAAUUUUAUAGCGGUCUUUUUGUAUCACUUGAAGUGAGUCACAUUCCACAGUCGAGUGUCAAAACCUGGAGAUUUCUCGUUAUCAGCAGGGGAUUUGAACACUGGAGAUAUCGAACGAGGUGCUAAAAAAGUCAGUUCUUCUCGGUAGUAGGGCUGGGUAUUGAUUGAAAACACCCCAAACAUCUGAUUUUCACUUCUGAUAGCAGAAAUUCUGAUAGAAAUAUUCUUAUUUCAACAAAAGAAACCAAAGGUCUGAAAAACAAAAGCAACUUUGCCAAAGUAAAAUCCCAAAAACUAACUGAUAGAAAGAUAGAGUAUGAAUUUGACCGCAUGUUUGAUGUUGCUCUGUAUCAAUAAGAUGUUUGAUACCCAGCCCUAAUCAAUAGUGAAUACAGACUGUGUGAAGUCAGUCAGUCAGUGCUUGGUUUUGCUCUGCUGGUGUUUUUCAAGUCAGGUAAAAAAAAAAAAGAAGGAAAUGACAAGAAAAUGCUCCUAAAUGGACGUUUGAUCAUUUAUUUCCACUUGUUUCUCUUUUGAUUUGUUUUUACACAUACCCAUCUUAUCAGAUUCUUCUAGUUUGUGUUGUUUUUUUUUAUUGAUAACCAAAUGCAGUUUCCAGGGAACCAGAGUUUCUCCUGUUAGUAUUUAUUCAGCGCCCCCUGCUGGAGGGAUGUUGUACGAGGAUGAUUUGACAGUAGAGCUGCAACGAUUAAUCGGUUUGUUGCCAACUAUUAAGUUAAUCGCCAACUAUUUUGAUAAUCGAUUAAU